AUGGGCAAGUUUCUUCUUCUCGCCGUGUUGAUGGUGCUUUUAGCCGGCGGGUAUGGAGCCAACGCUGCCAGGCUCUACACAACCAAUGAACAGGUGAAAGCCAAAGAGUCCAGCAACUUACCAAGCUUCUUGUUGUCUAAGAAAUUGCUCGGUCAAUUUUCACCGCUUGAUGCUGAAUCUGGCUCCGCGAUAGACGGCGUUGCGCAGCACUACUGGACGCCACCGGGAGCAUCGGAUCAGGGUUACUAUGGGUUCAUCGCCACGAUGGACGUGUACGCCUUCAACCUAAGCUCUGAGCAGUUCACCACGGGGUUGGUUAUCCUCUCGGACCAAGGAGUUGGCCCGGUUACGAGCCGCAAUGUAGUCCAGAUAGGCUGGGAGAUUUCGCCAAAGAUGUACGGCGAUUCACACAUCCAUUUAGGUGGUCUGUGGACGACUGAUGGAUACCAUAAAACUGGUUGCCCCAAUACCGACUGUGGUUUUCAGCCAGAAAAAGGUGCGCCCAUAGCUCUUGGUGGUAUAAUUGGGACGGUUUCCCAGCUCAAUGGACUGAAACAGACUAUCACGAUUAAAAUAAUCAAGGAAGGCAUAAUGGGAGAUUGGCUGGUAUAUUAUGGACUCAACCAGGAUGAUCCUGCAUUAGUUGGACGCUACCCCAAAGCAUUAUUCACGGGAGGGAUGGCAGAUCGAGCAUCGACUAUCCAGCUUGGUGGCUACGUCCAAACUCGCACAACGAAUCUUACUCCGAUGGGCAGUGGCUACCUUCCCACGGGUGAUGCAAUGGCUUCUGCGUCUAUGAGUAAUAUCCAGUUUAUCGACCAGAAUGGGGCCGCCUCGCUGGUGACGCAAGACUCACCCACAGACAUUAGUGACUCGAGAAUCUGCCAAGAUGCCGACGGCCUCCAGCCCUCGGCGUAUCACCGCCUCGCCCUCGGCGUACACUACGCCGACGGGGCCCCUCGGCGUAGCUCCUCGGGGAAGGUGGGCCUCGGCGCAUGCCACUUGGCCCUCGGCGUAGCUCCGCCCGUCGGCGUAGACGAAGUGGCCCGACGGCUGGCUCCACCCCUCGGCGUAGUGGCCGUCGGCGCAGGUCGCUAA